GCGACGCAGCUGCACCAUCGACGGACGGGUCACCGGUCUGCUGCCUCUGCCCUCAAGCGUGUCGUCUGCAGCCGGAGAACCUGCUUUGGCAGUCUGAAUCGCUGACUGGCCGAAACAAGCCUGAUUUCGAGAAGUAACUUGCCUUCGACCCUCCUGUGGCCUUCCAAGACGAUUUGAACAAUACAUCGCAGUUACUUCAGAAGCAGGUCGGCCAUGUCUGAUCCGCCACUGUGGUCGACAGCAGCGGCCGCCACGCUGCUGCUGCUCCUUGCGACGUGCCUUCCCGUCUCUGCCGCACCCAUGCACGACGCUCAACAAGUACAGCAUCAACUUGACGAAUAUUAUGGAGGUUCAACAGCAACAGGGUGCUAUUACAACUUUAUACAUUAUGAAGAGGGUGACCGUAUAAUGACCAAUGAGCCAUGUCUAAACUGCACGUGCCAUAACCGCAUGCUUAUGUGCUACCUUCGUGUUUGCCCCUUCAGUAAAGGUAUCGGGCAAGACUGCACAGUGGAGCAGAAACCAGACCAGUGCUGUCCAGUGAUUACAUGUCCUGAAGUGCCAGUCCAACUGAUAACAAGCUCAACAACUAUUACUACUCCACCUGCUCCAACCGGGUCAACAGCUGUUGGACAUCCUGAUAAUUAUGGUUGCACAAUUGAUGAGGUGUUCUACUCUGACGGCACCAAGAUACCUGGGGAUCCCACAAAGCCAUGUGAACUCUGCUACUGUAUUCGCAACCACACAGCAUGUGUCAUGCAAGAAUGCACACUGCAUGUCGAGGGUUGCAGGCCUGUGUAUGUUGAGGGUGUCUGCUGUCCUGUGAGAUAUGACUGUGAUUACCAGGAGUACACGACAUCUGCACCGCUACUGGAAACAACAUUGCGGCCAACUCCAGGCUUGCUGUUCACAACAACAAUGGCUGGCCCACUUGAUUGUCGCUAUGGAGAAGAGACCUAUGCUGAUGGUGCACUCAUUGAAACAGAAGAACCUUGCCAACACUGUUAUUGCAUGCGUGGAGACAUUGUUUGUGCUGUCCAAGAAUGUGGCACACCACUUGAGAGGGAAGCUGGAAACUGUACUGCUUUGCCUCCACAACCUGGACAGUGCUGCCCCCAACAGUAUCAGUGCGAUAAUGUGACAGUUCCAUUUGACAUUCUGUCACAAGGGAUGGAAACAGCUCAACCAUCAAAAUCAACUGAUUCAACAAAAUCUGAUGAACAGGUUUCAUUGUCAACUGAAGCUACUCUGGUUCAGCACUCUACCGUGGAUAAAGAGGAACAUGUCCAGCAGCAAGGAAGUCUUGAUGAGACACAGGAACAUCUGAAUGAAGUUGAGCAAGGUUUAGAACAACAUACGCACUAUGAGGAUGAAGAGAUUGAAAAGGGAACAGAAAUAGAGCACAUCACAAAUCCUGCAGAACAUGAGGGACAAGGCACAGUUGAGCAUUUCACACAAGCUGUAGAACACUUACCAGCAGAGGGCAGUGGGCAUAUUACAUUAGAGAGUGACAGUUCUGUGACUGAAGCUGUCAUUGCCUCAAGUGAGAAACAAAGAACAACACUGGAAGGUGCAGAAACUGCUACUGAAAGUCUAACAGGACUCAAUGUUGCAAGCAUCUCUGAAGGCAUUCAAACUAUUGAACAGGUACCACAGCAAGAGUUUACUUCUUCUCCAACAGAAAAUGGCAAUGAAGAUGUACAUGAUGAACAGUCUUUAACAGCUGAUGCAGACAACCAUCCAUCAGUUGCCCAAACAACAUUAUCAGGAGAAUCUGUGAGUUCUAGCAGCAUUGGUGAACUUUCAGAAGCUCAAGUGACAACUGAACAAAAUGUACCUGAUAUUGUUACUCUGAAAGAUGAAAUAGGCUUUACUCACAAGAGCACUUCUGCAACUCAGACAAUGAGUGACACAUAUGAGGAAAGUGAACCUGUCACACAUGAAAUCAUAGCAGCAGAAAGUGAUUCCACAGAAAAAGUGGAACAACAAGAUCUCACACCACCUUCCCCACAGUCCUCUCCAGCAAAUGAAUUCAUUACUUCAGCAGUUGACAUUCAAUCCUCCACGGAUAAGACUGAAGAAUCUGCUUCUGUUGAAAAUAUUCCUGGUGCUCUUGAACCAUCAGAAGGUGGGGAAGCAAUAUCACAUGUUACAGACACACAAUUACACGAAGAUGAACACACUGUUGCAACUCCAGUAAGAACGUCAGUUGUACCUGAAACAGGUGGAAUCACAAUACCAGUACAGGAUGCCGAAGGUGAAAUUGUAACUGAAGGUCUAGAGCCAACUGAUUUCGAGUCAGGCGAUAGAGUAACUGUCACUGAAAGCACACAAGAGAAUGUCACAAAUGGGCCAGUGGUAGAGAUCUCACCUGAAGCAGACAAGAUUGAUGAGGUAUCUCAUGUACAGUCUGUGACAGAGGCCAAUGUAGCUGAAGAAUCAGGCCAUACACCAAAUGAUGUACUGAGUGAAGUACAUGAAGCAGAACAGCAGACAUCUAGUAAACCACCUCAGCUGCCAAUGGAAGAGCAUGCUACAAUUUCUGAAGAAUUGGAACUGUCAACAGGAGUAGAAUCCAUCCAUCAUACAACAAGUAAAUCUGAUUCUGCAGAUUUUGUCUCUGAGUUAGUUACAACUACCAGUCCUAACAAGCAAGAAGAGGGCAGUUUCCAAGCAACGGAAACAGUGCUCAAUGAAGAUACUGAUAAUGAUUUGGAUUCAGCAACUAAGGCAGAUGAAACAGAACAUGUGACAGUGUUGCAUGAUAUCAUAUCUUCAUCAAGCGAAAGUGACACAGGCACUGGUCUCAAUGAAGUACUAACCACUGUGCAACCAGCAGUAGAUGUCAUUGGUAUUACUCAAGAAAGCAGCAUUGAUUCACAGCCAGGUCAAGAAGCAGGUAAGCCAACUGAAGCAAGUGUGGCUGCAAUUGGAGAGACAGCAGAUGAAAGUGAAGCAUCUGCCGAAGUAACAGACAUCAUAGGCACAGUUACAACAAAGCUUGAAACAACAGGGGCGGAUAUCAAAGAGCAACCUGUGACAGCACCCACUGAGCUAAAACCCUCACCUAGUACAGGAAAAAUUGAUGAAGAGUUAUUAAUUACACAUCCUCCUGAAACAGCAGAACCUAGCAUUUCGAAUGAAGUAUCUUUUGAAUCAUCUGGGGAUUCAACUGAGGAGUCAGUUCAUCAUUUAGUAAGUGAAAUGAAUGGUAAACCUACUGAAAUACAUACAACACCAUCAGAAAGUGCUUUGAACAGCCAGUCAUCUCAUGAGGAGACCAAUGCAAUGUCAGAAGAAUCUCAACAAGAAGGUUUAGGUGCAACUGAACCUGUGCCACCAAAUGAACCAGUAGUAGUGCAACAAUCCACUGAAUCAGGAGAACUGUUUGAACAAGAAGGCUCCCAAAAGCCAGCUUCUGAGGAAGAUGCAGAAGUAGUGACGGGUGGAUCCAUUCCAUCAGAGGAACAUCAAACUGAAUCUACUCCACAGGAGACUAAUGCAGCUCAAACAGGAACAUCUUCUGAAGCCAAUCAAAAACCAGGAACACUGGAGGAAGUAGCAACUGAACAAGCUUCUGUGUCUGAAAGCCUCCAUCAAGAGCCUGUGGAGCAACAAGUGAUACAUGAGCCUACUGAAACUGGCAUUGUAGAGCUAAGUACAGGUGGAAUUUCUAUAAUAUCUACACCAGGAUUUGAUGAAAUUGAGCAUGAGCUAUCACAGCAACAAACCCAGAAACCAAUUGAAGCAGAUGGAAAUCAAUAUACCACAGAAGUCUCAGCAUCUGGAAUCAGUGACACUGCUUCUGAGCAACAACAACCACAGAAGCCUGCUGAAGAUGGAGGACUGCCAUCUGCAGAAGGUAGUGCAGUGACUCAAGAAACUGUAACCCCAGCACAUGAUGUUCCUCAGUACCAUGAAACUCAGGAGUCAACUGACCCAGAGAAGCAACCAAAUGAACUUCCACUGACAACCAGUGGAGUGGGUGGAUUUGUACAGGAACUGUCAACAGCUACAUCUAUACAAGGCCCAAUAGGAAUCCCCACAAGUGGACCUCCACAUGCACUGAUUCCUGGAGAGGGUAAUUGCCUGGUUGAUGGUAAAACGUAUGCCAAUAACUCAGAAAUCCCACCUCCAAGCCACUGCCACGUCAGCUGUCAUUGUAUAAGUAGUAUUGUUCACUGUGUCAGUGUGAACUGCCCACCACCUCCAACACAUCUCAAAAACUGUACUCCAGUUCGACACAGUGAUGAUGCAUGCUGUCCAACAUAUACUUGUGAUGUCGAGCAUAAAGUAACACUAGUCGCAGACAGCAUGGUGGCUGCAACAGGAAGACCAAUGGUCAGUAGUGAGACUUCUGCUGCACCUUCUGAAGAACAUCAAGAAGAUACAAAACCACAAAUUACAGAUAGUGGUUCUUCAUUGGAUACUGAUCAGGACUCUAAUGUAGUUACUGAGGCACAUCCAGUCUACCAUGGUACAGAAAUGGAGGAACAGGAGAACACAGGAGACGCUGUACAUGACACCACUGUCACGGAAAAACCAGAAACUGUUUCUUCUGCACAGGAAGGACACAUACCAGCAUCCCCCGAACCUAUUGAAACCCAGACAAGUCAUGUUCCCAGCUCCGAGAAACCAGCUGAUGAACAUUUAGUGCAGCAAGAGGAGAAAGAUCAACAGAGCACUGAAGUACAGCAAACGGUUCAACCAGUGGAAGGUGGACUGGUUGAGGAGCAGGCCCCCAGCGAGGUGAAGCCAGAGGCUACUGAGGCAGUAAUUCAGGAAGGAGCUGAUACUUUAGAGCAUACCGUUAGCCCAUCAGAAAGCCAAAAUGCGGAUCAACAAGUGACAACAGAAAAAGCAUCCACUGAAGAUGGCUAUGUUCCAACAAUUUCUCCUGUUGGAAUUUCAGAAACCAAGGAAGACCACACAUAUACUCCAACUUCAAGUGCUGAAGAAGCUACAACUGUAGUGGUAGAACAUUCAUCUGGUUCCAGUGAUGCAAUACUUUCCCCAGAUUCUUCAUCAACUGCUCCUGAUGCUGAUGGAUCACAACAACCAAUAGCAGCUGUCACUGAACACACUGACAGUUCUCCAGGUCUUUCCUCAUCAGUCAUUGACGAACAACAUGUAGAACACUUCACUAUUUCAACUGUCCAUAUCACACAACCAGCAGCUGUUACAGCUUCUGUCGAAGGAAGUGCACAUGAAGAUCAGUCAUCUCAAACUUCUGUUUCAAGUACUGACCAGGUAUCUAUUUCUAGCCCACAUACGGAAGCAGCUGAUGCAGAAGGUGUUACCAGUGGGCAAGUUCCUUCUGAAAGUAUCCCUGAUGCAGAACUUCCACCUGUUGAAACAGUAACAGAUAGUCAGCAAACUGUUUCAAUAAUACAUAGUGAUGUUCCUUCCGUAGCACCACCUGAAUCUGAUAGUCAAUCAAAAGACCCAACAACGGCAUCUUCUGAACAAAUGAAACCAGAAGAAUUUCUUAACACUGAAAAACCUGAUGUAUCUAGCAGUAGUCCAGAAAGUUAUGAAACAGAAACAGUGACUGCUUCAUCAUCAAAUGAUGAUGAACAGCAAGGUACAACUUCUGUGAUACAUCAUUUACCAUCUGAGAAACCUUCUGAUCACCAACAACAGGCAGAACAUCAGACUGAUUUUCCAGCAAUAACUGGCUUUGAGGAAACAGUUUUUCCUCAACAGGCAGGAGAAGUAGACUCAGACGAAGGAUCUGGACAUGAAGAACCUAUUCACCCUGUAGUUACUGAAGCAGCUGAGUUAGAGCAACAGUCAUCUUCUCACCCUGAAACCAUGGAAGAACACCAACAGACCGUGUCACAAGGAUCUUUGCUGUCUGAAGAAGAAACAACUGUACAGAGUGAAUCUGAAACCCAGCAAUCUCCUGUAUUUACUGAGCAUGUACCUCCAGUGCAGCCUGUUGGAGAAGAACAAGGAGGAAUAGAAGCAUCUUCCAUUCACCCUGAGACCAGCAAGCCAGACUCUGUUCAUCAACAUUUACCUGAACAAGACACAAUUCUCACAGGAACAUCUGGUGAUGUGCACACCACUUCUCCUCUAGAAAGUGAUUCUCAGCAGUCUUCUGUUACAGAGAACCAACUAUUUGAUAGUGAUUUGCCAACAACUCAAAAAAAUGAGCAAUCCUCACCAUCUGUGGAGGUAGUCACUGAACAUUUACCACAGCAGCCUGUCAUACUUGAAGGAGAAGCUGAAUCUAAUGAGCAGUCUGUGACUCUACCUACCAGUGACAAAGAGGAUAGUACUGUUAUACAGGAAUCUCUCUUCACAGAACAGGAAAAGCAGACUGAAAAACAUCCUGAAGAAAUGCAGACGGUUUCCCCAAUUGAUGAUAUUGCUCAACAGGAAUUGGUUUCUCAGCAGCCUGUACAGCAGCCAUCUGACACAGAAGAAACAGCAGAACAGCAGACACUUGCACCCGUAGCUGCUUCACAGCAGCCUGAUACAGUAAUGCAGGAGGAGGUUGAUGAUAUUGCUCAACAAGAAUUGGUUUCUCAGCGGCCUGUACAGCAGCCAUCUGACACAGAAGAAACAGCAGAACAGCAGACACUUGCACCCGUAGCUGCUUCACAGCAGCCUGAUACAGUAAUGCAGGAGGAGGUUACAGACAGGAUUCCUGAUGACAAACAGCCAUUGUCCCCUACAGAAAGUGAUGUUCAGCAUGUUAUUGCUUCAAAUCCUCAUGAAUCUAAUGAGGGAUCAGGGGCCAUGGAAACAGCAGAAAUUCAAACAUUGUCUCCUAUCACAGUGGAAGAAGCAUCAAGCACUGUUUCACAAGAAUCUACAUUACCUGGAAGUGAAGCUGUUUCAGCUGCAGAAACAGGGCAAGAAGAAGGUUUGGCAUCAGAAGAAGAAAAGGAAUCUGUCACUACUCAGCAACCAAUACAGGCAGUAUCCCAACAAGAAUCUGUGUCUGAUGAUAAGACACCUGACAGCAUUACUGAAAAUUAUGCCGAACAACAGACUUCAUUAACAGGGGAUGUCAGUUCUCAGCAUGACAUUAUUUCUCAGGAGCCUGUAGUUGACGAACAACAUGAACAAACAACAUUUGCAGCUGACAGUCAUUCAGAACACACACCUGCUCCCUUACAGCCUGUUACAGUUGACAAAAAUCAUGACAUUCUUGAGCAUGAGACUACUACAUCUUUAGCUUCUGAUACACAGACAACAGUUGUUUCUGUAGAGCCCAUAGCUACUGCAGAAGAGGAACUAGAUAAGCUGCAGACUCUGCUCCCACCAGGAGAAGACAGUCAACAUGUUUCCAUACCACACCAGCAUGCACCAACUACAGAAGAAAUGAUUUUGCAGACAUCCUCACCAGUAUUUGAGGACAAAGAGAGUUCUGCAAGUGUAGUCACUGUUAGUGAAGACAACAAGACACCUGGAUUUACAGAGGAAACAAGCAAACAGACAGUAGCACCACUAGAUCAUGAUGUGCAACACUCUGUGGUCCCUCAAGAGGGUGCACCUGUCACAGAACCUGCAGAACAACAGACUAGAUUUACUGCACAGGAUGAAAUGGUGCACAUUGAGAACACACAAAAGCCAUCACUGGAUGGUCAGCAGGUCACUGAGAUUUCAGGACUGUCAGAUGCAGUAACUAAUUUACCUAUAGACGCAGAAACUGAGCAAUUCUUGAUAGGUGAGGAGGGAAUAGAAAAAGUAACAGAAGCUGUGGAAGUCCAGACUAUUUCACCUACUGAUUCGGAAAACAAACAAACUGAUGUUCCCUUACAACCUGUUACUACUGAGGAAGUGGCAAAUGCAGUAAGUAGUUCAGAUGAGGGACACAGCAUCCCCUCUGUUAUACCUGAUAUUGCACCAACUCACAUAUCUCACCCUGAAAGCCAAGUUGGGCAUGAAACAACUGUCACAGAUGUAUUGGAUGAACAAAGCACAGCAAGCCCUGAGCAACCUGAAAUAUCUGAAACACCCACAGCACCAGUUGCAGGUACGACUGAUGAAAUACAAGUAACUAAUAUCCCUGAAGAACAUGUAUCACAGGUUGCUGAAGCGAAUGUUGAUGAUGCAGGAGAAAUAAAUGUAGACACGCAAACUACUACUUCUCUUGUAUCACAGUCUCCUGUAGAGACUGUUUCAACAGUACAAGAAUUAGGAGAACUCCACCCCUCAACACCAGAGGAAACAGAAGUCCAGCAGGUCACUACAGCUCAUAUACCAGAAACCCCUAGUGAGAAACCUGCUGAACUAGAAGGACCAGAAAUACAACAGAGUUCUGUGUCAUCUGAGACUGGAAUUCAGGAAGCAAGUACACUUGGUGAACAGGAAGCAUCAGUCAUUGAAGACACAGGAUCACAAAACACGAUUUCUCCUAUUGAGUCAGGGGCACACACAGUAAACGUUGAUCAGCCAGUCGCUGCACCUGAUGUGGAACAAGAGCCGGCAUCUCCUUCAGAGCCUGAAAUUCAGCAAGCAGCAAACACUGAACAGUCAGUACUGGCAGAAGGUGAUAGUUCCUCUGCGGCAGAAACAAGUGUAGAAACUGCCACUUCAGCAGUUCAGCAGCCUACUCCCUCUAAGGAAGAACAGCAUUCUUCAGUAGAAUCAUUGGAACAAACUGCUAGGCCCACAGAGGGUCAUGUCCAGGAGGCCACUGCUACAGAAAGCAUUUCAGAACAGCUAGCUACAUCUGACAAGGACACAUCCAUUAGUUUCAGCAAACCUGCUGACCAAGAAUCUGUGUCUGAAAGUACAGAGACAUCAGAUGAACCUCAUUUAAUUGAGACUGUUGUAUCAACAAGUAUUCCGGAAGACAUGGAAUCUCAAUCAAGCAGUUCCAAUGCUCCAGAUGUGGAUCAUGGUGUGCAGGAUACAACUAGUGAUUUCACACAAUCUAGUGGUGUGCAGGAAAGUGGCACUGUAACACUGGCAAUCAUACAUCCUUCUCAGGCUCCUAUAGAAUCAGCAGAUCAUCAUAUAGAUAUUUCUGAACAGUCUUCCCAAGGUACAGUUACAGAAGCAACAACGGUUCAGCAUGAACAUACAACUUCAGCUCCAGUUAAGCCACCUGUCCAUGAAGAGGAAGAGGAACAAGUAGCCAAUAAUGUCCAUCCUGUGGAAGUUACAGAAGGAAAUCAGAUUCUUACUGCCUCUUCUGAACAUCCACUGCACACAACAGCACAGCCUGCACUAACUUCUUUGGAUCAUUCUGAUACUAGCCAAGCAUCAGCUGUACAGGAAAAUGAACUAGAAGCUAAUGCGUCUUCACCAUUUCAUCCAGAUCAGAAGCCUGCUCAUUCUUCAACAUCACAUCCAGCUUACGAACAUUUCCCAGAAGAUCAUACUUUGGCAACUGGUGAAGGAAUCGAACACAUAACGGAAGCAACGAAACGACCAUCACAUCAUUUCACAACUAGACCACCAUUAACUACAGGAUCACACCAUCAUCCAAGUCAACACCCUGAAGAUCAAUAUGAGCAGUUUCCAUUUGGAGAAGGACAGUACCCAACAGGAGGUGAUACAGAUUAUGAUGAUGAAGAACAAGCUGCCUUUGGUCCAGGAACCUGUCGCUAUGGGGGAAAGGUCUACGUAUCAGCUCAACAAAUACCUCGUGAUGACCCUUGUGAUUUCUGUUUCUGCUUCCGAAGUGAUAUCAUAUGUCUUCAACAGAGCUGCCCUCCUCCUAUCCCAGGUUGUCACGAAGAGCCAAUCCAAGGCUUUUGUUGUCCACGAUAUGAGUGCCCUGUCUCUAUGGCAACUGUUCUGAAUGUAUCAACAACUACCACCACCACUACUACCACUUUGCCACCACAUUUCCUAGCGCACCACUACAAGGGUGCAGCCCACAGGACUGGGUGUCAAGUUCAGGGAAGUGCAUAUCGUGUUGGAGAAGUGGUGCACUCUGCCUCGGGUCCCUGUUUGGAGUGCAGGUGUGGUGGAGAUGGCCAAAUGAAGUGUGACCCUAAGGAAUGCAGUCCAGAACCAAUGUUACGAAAAAUGAUCAUGGCAGCAGCAUCCAGAAGAAGGUGAAGAAGAGUACAGAAACUCUCACAGAUGUGCUCAAUUGAAGAGGCUUCCUUUGGUGAUAAUGGAAGCAAAGUUAAUAUUUGUGCAUUGACUGUGUUGUGACAAGAAAACUAUUGUGGACAGUGAAUCUUGUGGCAACACAUGCAUAUAUUGUUUUAAAAUUCAAGAAUGUUGUUGUUUAAAAGAGAUUAAAUUGGGUGCCAAAACUAGUAGGACAAGCUAGGAGAGGAUCUGAGAAGACUGUGCCUUUCCUCUUUACCUCUGCCCUACGCAGCCCUCAGUCUUCUGAGUUGCACAGUUUUUAGUGCAAAUUUAAGACAGUUGUUGCUGUGUAAAAACUGGUAACACUCAUGAAAUGUUUUCUUUUUAUGAGUGAUAUGCUAUUGAGGAUAAUCAAAGCAAAGAUUGUCCUCACACACUGAUACAGGUAGACUGAUCUUCCUUUUUAUGAACAUUUUACAUCUACAUAUUUUGUGUCUUUUUGAGUCUUUACACAAAAUCUUUUGCUACACACAUUGUACCAACCGUAUAUUAUUCAAGGAAAAACUUUAUACACAAGUUGAAGGGUUGGAGGAGAAAAUUCAGAGAUGUGGCACUUCCUGUUUUUUGAUAUUUGGUGUUCAUUAUAGCCACUUAUUCUGAAGAUAUUUAACAAAAUCUCCAUGAUUUAUACUAUUUAAAUAUUUUUUUACUAUUUAUCUCAGUGUAAGCAUAGGUAUAACAAACAGACAUUUCCAUUUUCCUGCUUUUUGUUUAUUCUAUCUUGAAUAAGUGAGCUUUUGGAACACAUGUCCAGGUAGUUUGACUGGUAGAAAUUUGCAGGUGAUGUGCCCUUUACUUCAAAUUUUUUACUACUUGAACUAUGACUGUUAAAUUUCUGCCUCUUGAACAUCUGGACAAAAAGCUGUAUAUUUAUGUCAUUGGUCAUAUAGAUACAGUGUUAGUAUUUUUAGUAUUUAUAUAUUAUAUAUAAAAAUGUAAUUACGUGAGCUUUCCAUGGACGUGUUUUCUAAAAACACUCCACAUUCUCAAUGACAAAAUUUAACUAAAAUUUUCUACUUCAUUGAACUGAAACUUUUAUGUUCUUCAUGUUACAAAUGUGCACAAUGAGAU